ACAAAGACACACACACACACACUGUUCACUGACUGAAACGAGGUUCCCUUCUUGCCGGGAAACAAAUCUGAAUUAGUGAUAUAGGCGGAUCAUAGACUGUGACAAAUGGCAGGAUGCCUCCUUCAGGUCCAUGAGCAUCUUUGUUUUCUCCACCUACAGCACAGGUCAAAGGUCAUACCCAAAAUCUGAGCUGCAGAAUCUGACCUUCACAUAUCUCACACAUUUACAUGAAACAACUUCUGAACUUCAGCAGCUUCCUUGUGCAUAUGAGAGCUAUGCCUUUAGCAGUGUGGAGUGUGAAUUUUCUGAAUGACAAAAGUGAACCGUGUCCUCCUAUCUGAUGAAGUUCAGAAGCAUGAAUCCAUACACAGCAGUGAAGGUGGACCCAGAAAGUGAUUACAUCACACCAGGAACAUUGGACCUGGAGCAGCUCUUCUGGACCGGUACCACAGCUCAAUAUGCACACGUCAAUCAGGUGUGGCCACGUAUCUACAUUGGUGACGAGAAAACAGCUCUGGAGCUCACCGAGCUGAAGGAUCUGGGCAUCACUCACGUCCUAAAUGCAGCAGAGGGAAAGUGGAAUAAUGUGUUCACUGGUGCUAAUUACUACAGCAGCAUGAACAUCCAGUACUACGGUGUAGAGGCUGAUGACAAACCCACAUUCCUCAUCUCACAGUACUUCUUCCCUGCAGCAGAAUUCAUCCACGAGGCCCUCAGCCACCCACAGAGUAAGGUGCUGGUGCACUGUGUGAUGGGUCGCAGCAGGUCAGCAACUCUGGUCUUGGCAUACCUGAUGACGAAACACGGUUUAACGGUAGUGGAUGCUAUUGAGCAUGUGAGGCAGCGUCGCUGCAUCCUGCCUAAUCAUGGCUUCCUAAGGCAACUCAGAGCACUGGACAUUUCAUUGCAUGAGGAAAUUUAUAGAGGGAAACAAAAGACAAAUGACCAAUAACUCAGAUAAAGCCAUACGGUUACCCUGUUGUGCACAUAUAUGCAUACAUUUUCAUAAGCUUAUCUGGGUCGGGUUGCGGUACGCUCCACGGGGCACCCCAAGGAGUGAAGUUGAGCACCUUCUCCAAAUCCACAAAAACAUAUGUAGAUUGGUCGUGCAAACUCCAGGA